GCACAGAGGAGAGUAAGAGUUUUUCGUAUUAACAACAUAGAAACUGAUCACCCACCUGUUACUCAAAACAAUAGAACCUCAGGGAGGACUUUUCUAAUCCUGGAAUAGAGGCAGCACCUUGCCUUGAUGUCUUUCUUUGUAAAAAUGUCUACAGCAGAUUUGAUGGAGAAUCUCAGGGAAGAACUGACCUGUUUCAUCUGCUUGGACUAUUUCACCAGCCCGGUGACCACUGAGUGUGGGCACAGCUUUUGUCUGGUGUGUCUCCUGAGGAGCUGGGAGGAACACAGUACUCCUUUAUCUUGUCCUGAGUGCUGGAGGGCCUUGGAGAGUCCACACUUCCAGCCCAAUGAGCGUUUGGGGAGGCUGGCUGGCAUCGGCAAACAGCUCCGAUCCCAGGUGCUGCAGAGCGAGGGCGGACAAGGCAGCUCUGGGAGAAUGCUGGCAGUCGCUAAGGCUUUUUCUGAUGAGCAGCAGGGUGUAAACGCUUUCUCAACCCAGCGUCAUGGAAUAAACAGAUUGUAUCCCUCCAGUGAGGCUGAGGAGCGUCACAAAGAGAAACUCCAGGAAAUCUUAAAUCUUUUGCGUAAAAAGAAAAAGGAAACUCAGGUUGUAUUAUCCCAUGAGAAGGAGAGAGUAACACUGUGCAAGGAAGAGACAAGGGCCUGUAAGCAGGUUGUUGUGUCAGAAUAUGUAAAAAUGCGCCAGUUUUUGAAGGAGGAGGAACAACUACAGCUCCAGUUACUGGAAAAGGAGGAAAGGGAGAACAUGAAGAAGUUGAGGGACAAUGAGAUCAAGCUGACCCAGCAAAUAAGAAGCCUAAGCAAGAUGAUUGAGCAGAUAGAGUCCACCUGUCAGCGCUCCACUUUAGAAUCUUUUGAGGAUGUGAAAGGAACACUGGAAAGGAGUAAGCCACUCUUGCUCCAGUGUCCAGAGGCGGCCGCCACGGAACUGAGUCUGUGCCGCAUCACUGGAAUGAGGGAGAUGCUAAAAAAAUUCAGCACGGACAUAACUCUGGAUCCAGCUACAGCCAAUGCCUAUCUUGUCUUGUCUGAGGAUCUGAAAAGCGUGAGACAUGGAGGAAUCCGACAGCACUUACCCGACAACCCAGAACGAUUUGACCAGUCUGCAACUGUGCUGGGCGCUCAGAUCUUCACCUGUGGGAGACACUACUGGGAGGUGGAGGUGGGCAACAAGACCGAGUGGGAAGUGGGCAUUUGCAAGGACUCCGUGAGCCGAAAGGGCAAUCUCCCGAAGCCACCUGGGGACCUCUUCUCACUUAUAGGCUUAAAAAUUGGAGAAGAUUAUAGUCUUUGGGUCUCAUCACCUUUAAAAGGUCAACACGUCCGAGAGCCUGUGCAUAAGGUUGGCGUUUUCUUAGACUACGAGUCUGGACACAUAGCGUUCUACAACGUGACAGAUGAGUCCCUCAUCUACAGCUUCCCUCCAGCCUCUUUCCAAGAGGCUCUCAGGCCGAUCUUCUCCCCUUGCCUCCCGAAUGAAGGGACGAACACGGGCCCUCUUACCAUCUGCUCACUGAACAGUUAUGUCUGAGGGACAUGCCCCUGAGCCUUCACCAAGGAUGAGGUCUAAGACCAACAGAUGAUUAUUAAGAUGAUUUAUGCAUUGACACUAUCAAUAUUGGGUGAUCUUAAAGGAAAGCCCCUGAAAAGGCUUUCUGUUAACUUGAGCCACAAUCAACGGCCAAGUUGGACAAUCAACUUUCAACACCAUAGAAGGCUGAUCAAAUCUUGUCUUUGACCAAAUUCAUUAUCUAGACUGUCCCGCAUACAUGCUGGUCACUGAAAAUGUAGAGAAAGAAUUAGCCCCUAUUAUCCCUAAUCCCCUUGUCAUAGGCCAGUUUUAUAAAUGUAUGUCAUGUU